GACGCCUCAUUGGAGCUUGGCCUUUGCUUUAAAUUCGACGUUGCUUUGUUCCAGGAUGCAUCAGCGAUCCUCCCCAUACCUAAUGUCUUACGAUAUUGCCGUUAUAUCUUUCAGUCCAGGCGGCCUAUUCAAGGCCCAUUGGGCACUUUACGCCAUUGAAACGAAUGGCAACUCCACGGAGAACUGGCUGAUCCACGUCGAGGGUGAACCUUCGUCAGGCUUCACGCACGACAUAAAGAAGUACGACAUUGCCUUUUCCCGGCGCAGCCAUCACGUCCAUUCCCUCCUUGGCGGCGCUCAUAUCACUGCAAGCCAGCUGAAGGGCAUACUUGAUGUUGCGACUAGUAUUCCUGCACCGGGAAAAAGUUUGCGCUCCGCAAGCAGUGCAGGCAGGCCUCAGGGACGCGUCAGGCUCGAGAAUUGCCAGACUUGGCUUACGCAAGUGGUGGAAGGAUCGAUUCAGCAGAACUAUCUUCCACCCGAAGCCCUCACCGCCCUCCAUCAAGUACCCAUGAACUAACGAGUCCCAUUUUUGAUGUAGUAAUAAUGUUUCCAAUUGCCUCGAUGAGAUGUAUGAGAUGUAUAUGACAUACGAACCUUGAUCCCAUUCC